UUUGACGGUGAGAACAUGUAUAUGAGCAUGACAGAGCCGAGCCAGGACUAUGUGCCAGUCAGCCAGUCCUACCCUGGCCCAAGUCUGGAAAGUGAAGACUUUAACAUCCCACCCAUUACUCCUCCCUCACUCCCUGACCACUCUCUGGUGCACCUGAAUGAGGUGGAGUCCGGUUACCACUCUCUGUGUCACCCCAUGAACCACAAUGGCCUGCUUCCGUUCCAUCCACAAAACAUGGACCUGCCAGAGAUCACCGUGUCCAACAUGCUGGGCCAGGAUGGCACACUGCUCUCCAAUUCCAUCUCUGUGAUGCAAGACAUUGGAAAUGCUGAAGGAGCUCAGUACAGUUCCCAUCCUCAGCUAGCAGCCAUGAGGCCGAGGGGCCAGCCUACAGACCUCAGACAGCAGGCAAGCAUGAUGCAGCACGGCCAGCUGACCACCAUCAACCAGUCACAGCUGAGCGCACAGUUGGGCUUGAACAUGGGAGGAACCAACGUCCCACACAACUCCCCUUCUCCACCUGGGAGCAAGUCUGCAACCCCUUCGCCUUCCAGCUCGGUGCACGAGGAUGAGUGUGAGGAUACCUCCAAGAUCAAUGGAGGAGAGAAGCGGCCUGCCUCUGAUAUGGGAAAAAAACCAAAAACUCCUAAAAAGAAGAAGAAGAAGGAUCCUAAUGAGCCUCAGAAGCCUGUGUCUGCCUAUGCUUUGUUCUUUCGUGAUACCCAGGCUGCCAUCAAGGGCCAAAAUCCAAAUGCUACUUUUGGUGAAGUCUCUAAGAUUGUGGCAUCCAUGUGGGAUGGCCUAGGAGAAGAGCAGAAACAGGUCUACAAGAAGAAAACUGAGGCUGCAAAAAAGGAAUACCUGAAGCAGCUAGCAGCGUACAGAGCCAGCCUUGUAUCCAAGAGCUACAAUGACCCUGUGGAUGUUAAGACAUCUCAGCCACCCCAGCUGGUCAACUCCAAGCCGUCAGUGUUCCAUGGGCCCAGCCAGGCCCACUCAGCUCUGUACCUAAGUUCUCACUAUCACCAACAACCAGGAAUGACUCCUCAGCUCACCGCCAUGCAUCCGAGCCUCCCCAGAAACAUAGCACCUAAGCCCAAUAACCAAAUGCCAGUGACUGUCUCCAUAGCCAACAUGGCUGUGUCCCCACCACCGCCCCUCCAGAUCAGCCCACCUCUUCAUCAGCAUCUCAGCAUGCAGCAGCAUCAGCCACUUGUGCAGCAGCCUCUUGCGAGUCAGCUCCCCAUGCAGGUCCAGACUGCCUUACACUCGCCCACCAUGCAGCAAGGAUUUACUCUCCAACCCGACUAUCAGACUAUUAUCAACCCUACAUCUACAGCCGCACAAGUUGUCACCCAAGCGAUGGAGUACGUGCGUUCUGGGUGCAGAAAUCCUCCCCCACAGCCGGUGGACUGGAGUACCGACUACUGCAGUAGUGGGGGCAUGCAGAGGGACAAAGCGCUGUACCUCACCUGAAAAUCUCAACACCUCUCCUUUCCACUGAGGAAUUCAGGGAAACCUUUUCACCACGGAUUGCUUUGGCCGCUCAAAGCAGUUCUUCAUUUUAUUAGAAAAUACAAGUUGCUAAGCACUUAGGACCAUGUGAGCUUGUGGGUCACCCACGCUGGAAGAAAUAGUCAUGCUUCUUUAUUAUUUUUUUAAUCUUUUAUGGACAUUGUCCCUCUUCCCUGAAGGAAGUAUGGACCAUUCUGAUUUCUGUUGGUUUUGCUGUGAAGUGCUGCCGCUCUAGUAACUGCCUUAGCAACGGUAGAUGUCUGGGGUAAAACGGUCCUGGGUUUUCCAUUGGUUUUCAUAAUGGGUGUUUAUAUGAAACUACUAAAGACUUUUUAAAUGGCUUGAUGUAGCAGUCAUAGCAAGUUUGUAAAUAGCAUCUAUGUUACACUCUCCUAGAGUAUAAAAUGUGAAUGUUUUUGUAGCUAAAUUGUAAUUUGAAACUGGCUCACCCCAGUUUGUUGAUUUCAGAGGGGUUAAAUUGGCAAACAUUCAUAUUUUUACUUCAUUUUUAAAAAGAAAAAAACAACUGACUGAUAGUUCUAUAUUUUCAAAAGACUUGGAAACUAUUCCCAAAUCAUUUUAAUUUAAAAACAAAUUGGCUUUGUCUUACUGAUCAGACAAAAGGAAGCUCGUGUGGAGGGAAGCGCAAACACAUUUAUUUUGUAUUGCAGGAAAAAAGAUUCUUUUUUGUAUCACUUUUGUGUAAUGGUUAGUAAACGUCAUCUAAGUCCUUUUAUGUAUAAAACUGCCAAAUGCUCGCCUGGUAUCUUAGCUGCAGAAACAGGUCAAACAGCGCUAAGUGAUCACCGUUACCUGUGGCUCUGUAUUACUGUUCCCUCAUCCGUGUCUGUAUUUAAUCGUUUUCUUCUCUUUUUUUUUAAUGAAACUUGUUUCGCUUAUUUAUGAAAUAAUAAAUAUAGGUGUUUGUAAGUAAAUUUGUUAGUAUUUGAAAGAGGUUUCGUUGAUGCUUUAAUUUUUGCUGGCAAAAAAGAAAAAAAAUCCAUGCUUGGUGUGAAUAUUUAGUUUUUACAGUGACAUGAAUAAAACCAAAUCUGCUUUUCAUUUAGUAGCAAAAUAGAGUGACGAAUCUGUAUUUUUGCAUAUCUUUUGUUGACAUAAAUGAAAAAUAAUUCUACUUAGCCAUCUUCUUCUCUUGAACAAUACAACAGAAAAUUGCCCUGGAGAUCUCACACUUGCCAAGCCUAAGCAAACACCAGUGCAUCCCGCUCCUAAAAAGAUACGAAGAGCUAUUUUUCACUUCUCCAUUCCAAAACACUUAACCACCACCACCACACCACACACACCUGCUAAAAAACAAAUUCAAGUUGAGUCACUCAAAAUUCCUGAAGCCGCAUGCUUCUCAUAGCAUGCAGAAAACAUUUAAGAAUUGACCAAGGGUUCAGGAAGAGGUCAAGAAGGAUAUCAUGUCGAGGAUCAAUCUAGAAAUGAAGGGCUAGUAACCAGAUCAGCUACAGAAAUAGGAAAAACAUGGAAACCGGAAGCAGUUGCUAGAAACUGUGAAAUCUGCUUUCCCUCUCCCCUCUACUCUCUUCUUCCUCUUUUACUCAUCCUGAGUCCCCAUUAGAGAUUUGCCUGAAGGGGUUUGCGUAGUUCUGAUAGCAGAAGGGAAGGGUGAGCAAAUGUCUCCCUUCCACGGGCUUCUGUCACAUAAAUUCAUCCGGCUGGACAUGAAGAGAAUGAUUGUUUUGCGGAAUGAAAUAACCUCAACAAUUUAAAUACGAAUAUAUCAUGUAAUCCAGUCAAAAUUAAAAAGACAAAAGUCUUGCUUGCUUUGGAUUGGUUUUUCAGACACUGUGCGAGUUGAAUCACUUGGCAUGGAAUGACUAAUAAAUAAUGCACAUUCAGUGUUA